CCGAUCCCGUUUCCCGCAGUGCUGAGCAUCGGUGAGGGCGGAUUCUGGGAAGGCUCCGUGAAGGGCAGGAGUGGUUGGUUCCCGGCGGAAUGCGUGGAGGAGGUGCAGAUGCGCCAGUACGACUCCAGGCAAGAAACCAGGGAAGACCGGACCAAGCGGCUUUUCCGGCACUACACCGUCGGAUCCUACGACAACUUCACCUCCCACAGCGACUACAUCAUCGAGGAGAAGGCGGCCGUGCUGCAGAAACGCGAGCAUGAGGGCUUCGGCUUCGUCCUCCGCGGGGCCAAAGCCGAGACCCCGAUCGAGGAGUUCACGCCCACGCCGGCGUUCCCGGCGCUGCAGUACCUGGAAUCCGUGGAUGUGGAAGGAGUCGCCUGGAGAGCGGGAUUGCGCACGGGGGACUUCCUGAUCGAGGUGAACGGGGUGAACGUGGUGAAGGUGGGGCACAAGCAGGUGGUGGCGCUGAUCCGGCAGGGCGGGAAUCGCCUCCUCAUGAAAGUCGUCUCCGUCAGCCGCAAGCCCGAGGCCGAGGAAGGAUCCCGCAAAAAGGCUCCGCCGCCGCCCAAGAGAGCCCCCAGCACGACCCUCACGCUGCGCUCCAAAUCCAUGACGGCCGAGCUGGAGGAGCUGGAGAAGCUGGAUGAGAUCCUGGCGGCGGCGGAGCCGGCGCUGCGGGCGGAGCUGGUGGAGGCCGAUUCCAGAGCGGCCACGGUGAAACAGCGCCCGACGAGCCGCAGGAUCACCCCGGCCGAGAUCAGUUCCCUGUUUGAGCGGCAGGGAAUGGCGCAUCCCGGGGUCCUGGCGGGAACGGAGAAACCCCACGUGUCCCUCCGGAAGGGAAUUCCACGGACCAAGUCUGUCGGGGAAGACGAGAAGCUGGCCGCCUCCUUGCUGGACGGGAAAUUCCCGCGGAGCACCUCCAUGACGGACACGGUCCGGGAAGGCCACGGCAUCCCCCCUCCCCCACAGAAGGUGGACACCAGGAGCUCCAGCGACCACCACCUGGAGACCACGAGCACCAUCUCCACGGUCUCCAGCAUGUCCACGCUGUCCUCGGAGAGCGGCGAGCCCACCGACACCUACACGUCCUUCGCCGACGGCCAAACUUUUCUACUCGAGAAGCCACCAGUGCCUCCAAAGCCCAAACUCAAGUCCCAGCUCAGCAAGGGGCCGGUUACUUUCAGGGACCCACUUUUGAAGCAGUCUUCGGACAGCGAGCUCAUCUCCCAGCACCACGCGGCCACGCUGGCGGCCACCAGCGCGGCCCGGCCACGCUACCUCUUUCAGAGAAGGUCCAAGCUAUGGGGGGACCCCAUGGAGAGCAGGCCCGGCCACGGGGCCGAAGAGGACAAACCGACUGUGAUCAGCGAGCUGAGCUCCCGCCUGCAGCAGCUCAACAAGGACACGCGCUCCUUGGGCGAGGAACCGGCCGGCUCCGCCCUGGAUCCCGGCAAGAAGUCGCCGGUGGUGGCCGCACGGUAA